UUGUCCAGCUUUUACAUACAGUCACUGAAGCUCACCAAUGAGUGGGGCAUCCCUUUCUUUAAUGGCGAUAGUUUAAGUGCUAUCCACAACUUUUUACAGAUCACUGAGCCGCUACAGUCGUUAUGGAUUCCAGGAAAAAACGCAAGCCCGACGAUGAAGCUGAACAGGAGGGACAGCUGCCUGACUGCAAGCAGACCUGGGUGAAUGGCCAAAGACAUGUAGCUGCGUUGAUCCUGGCGAGGGGAGGGAGUAAAGGGAUCCCUCUAAAAAACAUCAAGAGGUUGGCCGGAGUCCCGCUCAUUGGAUGGGUGCUGAGGGCUGCUCUGGACUCCGACAUGUUUGACAGCAUGUGGGUAUCGACGGACCAUGAUGAGAUCGAGAAGGUGGCCAAAUCCUGGGGUGCCCGAGUGCAUCGCAGAAGUCCUGAAUUCUCCAGAGAUGCUUCCACAUCAUUGGAAGCUAUUCAAGAGUUUGCCAGGCUCAAUCCGCACGUGGAUGUGAUAUGUCACAUUCAGGCUACGUCUCCAUGUCUCCAUCCAAAGCAUGUGAAGGAGGCCCUACAGAUGAUCCUGCAGCAGGGCUAUGAUUCAGUCUUCUCGGUGGUCAGGAGACACCAUUUCCGUUGGAAGGAGGUCAAAAAAGGAUCCGGUGAGUUUACCAAGCCACUCAAUUUGGACCCAGCCCACCGGCCGCGACGUCAGGACUGGGAUGGAGAGCUGUGUGAGAACGGCUCUUUUUAUUUCACCACCAGAGACCUCAUAAUGAACGGAUCCCCACAGAGUGGUAAGGUAGCCUACUAUGAGAUGCCGCCAGAACACAGUGUGGACAUUGACGUGGACAUCGACUGGCCUGUGGCAGAACGGAGGGUUCUCAGGUUAAAUAAAACACAUUCUCUCAGUAGAACAGGAUGUUUGAAAAACGCCUCUGGUAAUGAUAAAGCCGACAUCAACUGUCUGAACCAGGCAGGUCUGAGUGCAGUACCUGGAGAUGCUCCUGUGGUAGCCAUUAAUGCUGCAAAAUACACCUGCCACAGUGUUGGAGGAAAGGGAGCUGUUAGGGAGUUUGCAGAGCACAUUCUCCUGCAGAAAGAAAAGGCGAAGUCUCAGAUGGAGCAGGAUCGCAUUGACCGCAGCAGCUCCUAGAUACAUUAAACACGACUUGGAAAUUUUCAAAAUUUGGCACAUUUCAUGGACAAUUACUAGAAAUGACUGUCAGUGGGUUCAGGUUUUAAUAAUUAUAGAAGUGAUUGUAUAUCUAAAUAAAGUUCAUCUAACAUCCCUCCAUGCUUCUUGUACAAAGAAUUCUCCAUCUGUUCUCCUGCUAAGAUCCAACCAGAUCCAUUUGUACAGAAAUCAUGGAAGGAUGUAAGAUGAACUUAAUUUCGAUAUUUCAACUCAAAUAUUAAACAUUUUUAAAAGAUCUGCAAACUUUUCCUCUGAGAGAUUGAUGGUCUGCUUUUUAGAUGAAUAACAGGGGUGUGGCUUCAUAUAAUAACCUGGAUUUGCACUUUACUCGGCCAGUGAAGUCAUAAACUAAAUGCACUCUGUUUGAUAAGGCAUUACUUGUAUGUAACACUUAUUCUCCAUUUCCUCAUGGCUGCUUUUUGGUUGAAGUGUUGAAAUGUUCAUCAUUUGGCUUCAGGUGUGUUUUAAUAAUUGUCAUAAGUGAUUUUGUUCUGAUUUCAUAGUUUUCUGUGAAGUUGAAAAAGUGAAAGUGUCUAAUGUGCAGCACAGGAAGAUUGACACUUAAAUGACAAAUCAUUAAGAAAGUGAAAUGAAUGCACAUUAUGUGGAUUUGUUUUUUAUUUAUACGUUUACUUUGCCAUAAUUAAUCUAAUAUAUAUACAGCUUUAUAUUUAACAUGCAGUUAUAAGAGUAGCAUCUGUCAACAAUACAGAGGAAGUUAAUUCCUCCAAAGCUCAUCCUAACAUUAAGACCACAUACACUUGUCCAGCUUAUCAGAAAACCUCAUUUUUAAGAAAUGAACAAAUUAUUCAAAGUACAUUAAAAUGUUUCACCUACAUUAGUCUAUUAACAUGUGCCCAGGCUUGUGUAUCAGA